GGUUUCCAUUUUCAACCUCCAAAAAAUUGGAUGAACGAUCCAAAUGGGCCUAUGAUAUACAAAGGAAUAUAUCAUCUUUUCUACCAAUGGAACCCCAAAGGAGCCGUGUGGGGUAACAUUGUGUGGGCUCAUUCCACGUCAACAGACUUAAUCAACUGGGAACCACAUCCUCCAGCUAUCUUCCCAUCUGCACCCUUCGAUAUCAACGGAUGCUGGUCCGGUUCGGCUACAAUUCUCCCUAAUGGCAAACCGGUUAUCCUCUAUACCGGAAUCGACCCUAAGAACCAACAGGUCCAAAACAUAGCCGAGCCUAAGAAUCUCUCUGAUCCUUAUCUCCGAGAAUGGAAAAAAUCGCCGUUAAAUCCUCUGAUGGCUCCUGACGCGGUUAACGGAAUCAACUCCAGCUCGUUCCGUGACCCAACCACCGCCUGGCUCGGCCAAGACAAGAAAUGGAGAGUGAUCAUCGGAAGCAAGAUUCACCGUCGUGGACUAGCCAUUACUUACACGAGUAAAGACUUUCUAAAAUGGGAAAAAUCUCCAGAGCCGUUGCAUUACGACGACGGAAGUGGAAUGUGGGAAUGUCCUGAUUUUUUCCCGGUCACGAGGUUUGGUUCUAACGGCGUGGAAACGUCUUCGUUUGGUGAACCUAAUGAGAUUUUAAAGCACGUGUUGAAAGUAAGUUUGGACGAUACGAAACAUGACUAUUACACGAUUGGUACGUACGACCGGGUUAAAGAUAAAUUCGUACCGGACAAUGGUUUUAAGAUGGACGGUACGGCUCCAAGAUAUGACUACGGGAAGUAUUAUGCGUCGAAAACGUUUUAUGACUCUGCCAAGAACCGGAGAAUCUUGUGGGGUUGGACUAACGAAUCAUCGUCUGUUGAGGAUGAUGUUGAGAAAGGCUGGUCCGGUAUUCAGACUAUUCCGAGGAAAAUAUGGCUUGAUCGAUCAGGGAAACAAUUAAUUCAGUGGCCGGUUAGGGAAGUUGAAAGAUUACGUACUAAACAAGUCAAAAACUUACGCAACAAAGUUCUAAAGUCAGGAUCUAGGCUUGAAGUCUAUGGUGUGACAGCUGCACAGGCGGAUGUGGAAGUUUUAUUCAAAGUAAGAGACUUGGAGAAAGCGGAUGUGAUAAAACCAAGUUGGACUGAUCCGCAGUUGAUUUGUAGUCAGAAGAAUGUAUCGGUUAAGUCUGGUUUAGGUCCAUUCGGUUUAAUGGUUUUGGCAUCUAAGAAUUUGGAAGAGUACACAUCUGUUUAUUUUAGAAUCUUCAAAGCCCGUCAAAACAACGAUAAGUACGUUGUGGUCAUGUGCAGUGACCAAAGCAGAUCUUCUCUGGAGGAAGAUAAUGACAAAACGACCUACGGAGCUUUUGUGGAUAUUAAUCCUCACCAACCACUAUCCCUCAGAUCCUUGAUUGAUCAUUCUGUAGUGGAGAGUUUUGGUGGAAAGGGGAGAGCAUGCAUUACCUCAAGAGUGUAUCCAAAAUUGGCAAUAGGAAAAACUGGCUGUGAUGAGUCAUCAACAGGCUCCUUCCUUGAAGCUUCGUUACUCUGUUUUGCAAAAGAAGAAGAAUCAUCUUUUGUCAUCUUCUGUUGCCUGGACUGUGGUGGGCUUUCUGUUGUUGGGCCUGAUACUUGUUUAUUGCUCACACCGCCCAAGGGCAAGCCCGUAAUUCUGUUCACCGGCAACGAUGGGAGUGGCAUGUGGGACAGAACAUUGCAUGGUAGUAAACAUUUGGCUCUAGAUUUAGAAUACGUGCGUGAGAUGUAGCCAGAGGAAGUUAUCGGUCGAAUCCCGGUUGUGUCCACUUUGGUGUGUAAUGAUUCUCGCCUGCACAUCUAUCUCUUUCGAAAUUUAAGGCUCAAGCAACAGUGAUGAUUUGGAUAUGUGCACUAUGCAGCGACCAAAUCAGGUGCAUUUUCAUUUCAUUUUAUCAGAACUCAGAAGUUGAAAUUGUACUCUCAUAUUCAUUAACCAAAACAAAAACUUCUCAAAUUCAAAUUAAUGAAAAUUUAUGUUUCUG